CAGAACCAAAACUAAACCUGAGAGAGAGAGAGAGAGAGAGAGUCUCUGUCUCUGAGGAACACCAUGAACAAAAACUCAUGGCUUCUCAAGCUCGUGGUGUUCCUCUUCGCCCUAAACUCCCUCUCUCUCUGCCUCUACUUCACCUCCCACUCCAAAACCUUUAACCCCACCCAAAACCCCCACCACCACCGCCCCCGCCUCCCUCUCACCCACCAAACCCACCGCCGCAUCCACCGCUUCUCAAAGCCAUGGCCUAUCCUCCCCUCCUACCUCCCCUGGUCCCACUCCCCAGACACACCCUUCCGCUCCUGUGAAGCCUACUUCGGCCACGGCUUCACUCGCCGCAUCGAUCUAUUGAAGCCCAAUGAAGAUUCCGGCGGCCAGGGAAGUUGGUUCCGGUGCCAUUUCAGUGAGACGUUACGGAGCUCGGUGUGCGAGGGCGGCGGGAUCAGGAUGGUGCCGGAGAGGGUGAAGAUGUCGAAUGGAGGUGAGGCUUUGGAGGAUGUGAUCGGGAGAGACGAGGAGGUCGAGCUGCCGGAGUUUCGAGACGGAGCGUUUGAGGUUGAUGGAGGGGUGGGGGGAGAGGAGAGAGGGCUUCUGACAAGUGAGGAUCUUAAUGAGUUCGUGCAGCGUGGUGAUAUUGGGAGGCAUACAAUGAGGGACUUGAUUGCGUCGAUUCGGAAAGUGCCCAGUAAGGAGUUUCAGUGCAGUGAGUGGAUUGAGGAGCCGACGCUUUUGGUGACAAGGUUUGAGUAUGCAAAUGUUUUCCACACAUUUACGGAUUGGUAUAGCGGUUAUGUAGCUUCCAGAGUCACUGGAUUACCUAGCCGGCCUCAUGUUGUCUUUGUAGAUGGCCAUUGUUGGACACAAUUGGAAGAAACAUGGAAAGCCUUGUUCUCUAGCCUUAGAUAUGCGAAAAACUUUAGUGGUCCAGUUUGUUUCCGUCAUGCUAUUAUUUCACCUCUGGGAUAUGAGACUGCAUGGUUUAAGGGGCUCUCUGAAGAUAUAAACUGUGAGGGAGCUGCUGCACCAGAGCUGUGGCAACACCCUGAUGACAAGAAAACUGCACGAUUGUCUGAGUUUGGAGAAAUGAUUAGAGCUGCUUUUGGAAUUCCGAUUCAUAAGCAGAGUGUUGAGAAGCAAGCCUCACGUCUAAAUAUCCUUUUUGUUCGCCGUGAAGAUUAUCAACCGCAUCCACGUCACCCUGGUAAAGUUGAGUCGAGGUUAAGCAAUGAACAAGAAGUGUUUGAUGCUUUAAAGAGCUGGGUGUCAAAUCACAAGGAAUGCAAAAUAAACUUUGUGAAUGGAUUGUUUGCACACAUGACGAUGAAAGAACAAGUCCGGGCCGUUCAAGAUGCUUCUGUUAUUAUUGGUGCUCAUGGUGCAGGUCUCACACACAUAGUAUCUGCAUCCCCAAAAACUGUGGUUCUGGAGAUUAUUAGCAGCCAAUAUAGACGGCCACAUUUUGCUUUAAUUUCCCAGUGGAAAGGGUUGGAAUAUCAUGCCAUGCAUGUUGAGGGUUUGUAUGCCUCUCCAUCAAUUGUUAUUGACAACCUUAGCCACAUACUGAGGACUCUUGGGUGCUGAAAACCAUUUGGUUGGAUUCGGAAGUGAUAGAAGCUACGUUCUGCUGUCAGUUUGAUUCAUGUAACACACCAUGUCUGUUUCCGUAGAAAUGCCAACAGUAGUACACAAUCGAUCACGCUUAUCUUAAUCAAGAUAGAUAAGUUAGCGUUACUUCUUGGACUGUGAUCAACUUUCCCAUAGUUGUGAAUAAUAAUUAGGGUGCUUGAGCAAUAAUGGUAUCAUUAGUAUGGGAAGGUCUCAGCCCUUUAUCAAGCAUACAGUCAUUGUUGCAAGAUAGCAGACAUGCAUCAGGGAACGGACAAUACUCAGAAAGGAGGUAUAACAGUUUGUAGACAGUUGAUGGUAUGUCCAGGUAUGUUAUGUUGCCUCGACUCCCAAAAUCAUUGUAAUUUGUUAUUUCUUACUCAGGAACUUAACCCAACAGGUUGAGGUGUUGUUUUGCUUGUAUACUGAUUCUUUCUUGCCAUCUUUUUUGUACAAUAGAUCAAUGCAUGUAUCAGUUUUAUAAUACAAAUAUAUUGUUCCAGUC